GGACCGCAGAAUGUUCCAGCUCAGUUUAGCCGAGUGACCUGAAACGUCCUCAAAGUCCCUUAACUGGACUGCUAAAAAUCUGUCUGCCGAAUAACAAACCUCAGGACUUCUUACACUAUGGUCUUUGAGGAGAAAAUGAUUACAAAUGGGGAGCCUGAUGAGGAUGAAGAGGAAGAAGAGGAGGAGGAGGAAGAAGACAUGGUGGACCCUUUAGACGCUGUGAGGCAGAAGUGUGAGGAAACGCACCACUGUGUACACAUGCGGGAGAAGCUGGAGGUCUGCGAGACCCGUGUGGGCUCGCGGUCAGAAACCCAAGAGGACUGCACGGAGGAGCUCUUUGACUUCUUACAUGCUCGCGACCACUGUGUGGCACACAAACUGUUCCAUUCAGUGAAGUAAACUUUGCUGAUAGUCGGUUCCACUGGCUGCUGUUCUACAGAUAUACAGUAAAAUCGUAUUCAAAUGUGAUAAAAUGACUACAAUUGUAAUGAAAGACACCGACCUGGUUAUACUGUCCAAAUGUUAGAAAUGUCCUGAAAUUAGAUUUAAUGUGUUUGUGUGGAUGUAUUUGAGUAAGUAUUAAAAAUGGACUAAAGCUACUACAUGUAUUGUUAUUGUGUGUAAUGAACAGUCAUUAUUAUUCAUUGCUCGAUGGUAGUGAAUUUACCUGUUUUUUUAUGUGCGAUAUAUUUUACGGAGUAAAAUGUUGCCACCGACUUGAAAGAAUGGUGAUGUAUAGAGGAAUUGGCACUGAAGGUUCAUAUCAGUUGUUAAUCUUUAAUGUUAAAGUUAACAGAAACGGAAUGCAACAAAAACUAAAUUUAUAACACUUAUCACAAUACAUUUCUACCCCUGAAUGUAUUAAUUGGUCUAUUAUGGAUUUAAAUAAAUUCUGAGAUUCAGUGUCCAUAAUUCAAAACCUCUUUACUGUCUGAAAUUCUUAAUUUAAAAGCCUAAUUUAUAUGCUUAAAUUACUAAUUAACGUUCACCUGAAUUAUUAUAUGACAGCAUGAACAGUAAAUACUAUUGCAGAGUAGAAAACAAUUUUGGUCCAUUUAUUCUUCCCUUAACUUACAUGUCACUUCACAACGCUCCAUCUUCUCACAAUGUCAAUAUGUUGUAUUGUGAGUCAAUAAGGGCUGAGAGAGAGGCGGGCCUGAGAGUGGCACCUGCAGCCAUACCAUACUAAUAAGGGUGGGACGUCUAAUGACACUUCUGCAGUAGCAUUGGAAAAUAGUAUGGAGUAUAGUUUUAGCAUACUGCCCAUUGCAUACUAAAAAUAUGCACUAAACAGCAGGGAGUAUGUUUAAUAGACAGUACAUAUUUUGAAAACUCAGUAGUUAGGAGGCUGUUUCAGACACAGCCUUGGAAGUCUGCUCAGGGAACCCAUGGUAAAAGGAACUUCCAGGGUGGCAUGCAAAAAGAUAUCUUCACUGUUACACCAAAAGAAAAAAUGGCACCUAACCUAUUCAUGACCUCUGUCCAACGCCAGACUCAAAAGAAAGAUGGACAGUGCCUUAGCCAGCUGGCAUCAAAGUAGCUGAGGGGUUGGGGGGGGGUAGCCCCUUAUCUUUUUUUUUAGCAUGACUCCCCCUUGGAUUCCCUGUGACUCUCCCUCAGAACCAAAAUUAGAUUGGGGUGGUCUGGUUAGAUAGUCUGGUCAAGACUACAAAUCGGACAUUCUGGGUGAAAACCUGGCACCUGGUAAUCCUAUCCAGAAGGUAUCCACCUCCCUCCGGUAAAUAAUGUCCUCAGAUGAGGCCAUGGACUGGCAGUGCCCGCACAAGCACCUGUCAAGCAAACAGCUUAUCAGUACAAGCAAAACAUUCAUUACAUGGCUUUUAAGUUCAUGUCUACCACCAUUGACAUUUUUAGUGGUGUUGUGUGCAUUGAUUGUAUUUAGCCAUUUCACCAAUAAAUGAUCACAAACUU